GCUAAUCAAAUGCUGCCACGCUGCCUCUGCCGACAAAUAAACAAAAUACGCUGCUUGACCAAUUGAAGUUUUAUUUAAAUUUUUGUCGAAUAUGGAAAGUUUUUGCCGUACUUGCGGCAAAACAGUGAAUAUAGAAAAUUGUAUCAACAUUUUUUCGACACAGGGCCGUCAACUGCUGCACUUGGUGCGCACAAUUUCCAACUGCUGGGUAGAAAAUGUUGUCGGGUUUCCAAUUUAUAUGUGCAACGACUGCCAAACGCUGCUGAAAAAGCUAAGCACGUUUCGUAAACGUUGUGCCAAAAUUGAAGCAUUCCUCACCAGACGUAAAAAUAAGUUGAGCGCGAACGAUGGCAUUUCACCAGCGAUAUUACAAGAAGCUUGUAAAGUUACGGCUGACCCGCUGCGAAUAGAAGAGGAACCGGUGAACAUUAAGGAAGAACCAGCGGGGGAGGAGCAUUACAAUCUGCACGAGGAGGACGCAGAGAAUGUCCAGCAUCAACAGACUGAAAGCGAAGACUACGACGUUGCCUCUUUACCUUUUGAUGGGACUACCCAAGAGGCGCAAGUCGUGGAUGUUCCUGUUAUUGGCCAUGCACAAGAACCUAAGCUCGAGGCAAACAAAGCAGUGAGAAGCAAGCUUGAAUCCCGCAAGUACACAAUGCGUGUGGGCAAAAGAACUAUGUACAUUAAGCUUACGGAUGAGCAACAACCCAAACGUAUUGUGGACCGUGAACGGCAGUGGGCAUCGGCUCGUCCCUGUAUCUGUGAGCACUGUGGCCGCCAGUUCAAGGAUGGCAGCAAUCUGAAUGUUCAUCUCUUGCGGCACACGGGCACAAAAAACUACGAGUGUAAGCAAUGUAACGAGAAAUGCUACACAUUGCAUUUGUUAAGACGACAUCAGCUGAAGCACACAGAGGGACCAUAUGAAUGCACCUUCUGUGGUUUACAAUACAGUACAAAUAGCUCGCGAGUGCGUCACGAACGCGAGGCGUGUAAGAAAGGACGAGCACCGCAGUCCAAAACCGAGGUGAUCAAACGCGGCGAACGCACUUUUCAAUUAUCCUUGUGCAUUUUGCUAAACUGAUGCGAAUACAAGUUGAACUUGUACCGAAAAUAUGCAUCACAAAUGCCGCACCUGAAAUCGACA